AUGACGUUGAAGUACCCAAAAUCACAGGAAUAUUUCCCCAACUUCUCCUUUGAUGAACAGAUGUUCACCAGAUUCUACGAAUGCCUAGAGAGCCAUUCUAUUCAAUGCAGUUUUAAAUAUGGUGGAAGCCACCAUGGCUGGUUUGUAUAUAACGUCAGUUCAACAUCCGGAGCAGAUUCGUCGUUAUUUUAUUACCACUGUCUUAUUAACGAGAGCAGCAUGGACGUUUUGUGUGAUAAGAACACAUCCUGUCCAGAGGGAUCCCAGUGUAGCAACGCUAAGUUUAGCAUAGCCUGGGCCGAUGAACGAGAGAAUUUUUACUCGCCGAGGUUGGAGAACUGCACGAAAACAUGUCCCAGUACCCAUGACUGGUUCCGUGUAUCGACGUACAGUCUUAAAAAUACAACAAAUAGCACAGGGGAAUAUACUUCGUCUACAACGUUUCUAUCGUCUACAUACACGGAUGAAUAUACUUCAACCGUUGAGACAACAGAUCAACCUUCUACGACAGUAGAAUCUGCAGGAACAACUGCCUCAGAGACAACUGAUGAAACUGCUAAAGUGACAUUAACUGAACCUUCUACCACACAACCAACUGAACCUACAACCAAUUCAUCACCCGAACCUACAACUAAUUCAUCACCUGAAUCUACAACCAAUUCAUCACCUGAAUCUACAACCAAUUCAUCACCUGAAUCUACAACCAAUUCACAACCUGAUUCUACAACCUCCUCAUCACCUGAAUAUACAACCAAUUCAUCACCUGAAUCUACAACUAUUUCAUCACCUGAAUCUACAACCAAUUCACAACCUGAUUCUACAACCAAUUCAUCACCUGAAUCUACAGCCAAUACAUCACCUGAAUCUACAACUAUUUCAUCAUCUGAAUCUACAACCAAUUCAUCACCUGAAUCUACAGCUAAUACAUCACCUGAAUCUACAACCAAUUCAUCACCUGAAUCUACAGCCAAUACAUCACCUGAAUCUACAACUAUUUCAUCACCUGAAUCUACAAUCAAUUCAUCACCUGAAUCUACAGCCAACACAUCACCUAAAUCUACAACUAUUUCAUCAUCUGAAUCUACAACCAAUUCAUCACCUGAAUCUACAACCAAUUCACAACCUGAUUCUACAAUUUACUCAUCACCUGAAUCUACAGCUAAUACAUCACCUGAAUCUACAACCAAUUCAUCACCUGAAUCUACAGCCAAUACAUCACCUGAAUCUACAACUAUUUCAUCACCUGAAUCUACAACCAUUUCAUCACCAGAAUCUACAACCAAUUCAUCAAUUGAAUCUACAACCAAUUCGUCACCUGAAUCUACAACCAUUCCAACACAAGAAUCUACAACCAAUUUAUCACCUGAGUCUACAAUCAAUUCCUCACCUGAAUCUACAACCAAUUCAUCACCUGAAUCUACAACCAAUUCAUCACCUGAAACUACAACUAUUUCAUCACCUGAAUCUACAACCAAUUCGUCACCUGAAUCUACAACCAUUCCAACACAAGAAUCUACAACCAAUUCAUCAAUUGAAUCUACAACCAAUUCGUCACCUGAAUCUACAACCAUUCCAACACAAGAAUCUACAACCAAUUUAUCACCUGAAUCUACAAUCAAUUCCUCACCUGAAUCUACAACCAAUUCAUCACCUGAAUCUACAACCUCCUCAUCACCUGAAUCUACAACCAAUUCAUCACCUGAAACUACAACUAUUUCAUCACCUGAAUCUACAACCAAUUCGUCACCUGAAUCUACAACCAUUAUAACACAAGAAUCUACAACCAAUUAUUCACCUGAAUCUACAACCAAUUCAUCACCUGAAUCUACCUCCACUCAAUCAACUGAACUUCUAACGAACUCAUCACCAGAACCUUCAAGCGAUUUAUCACCUGAAUCUACAUCCAAUUCGUCACCUGAACCUACCUUCACUCAAUCAACUGAACCUCUAAUCAAUUCAUCACCUGAACCUACCACAAAUUCCUCACCUGAAUCUACAACCAAUUCAUCCCCUGAAUCUACAACUAUGUCAUCACCUGAAUCUACAACUAUUUCAUCACCUGAAUCUACUACCAUUCUACCAAAUGAGUCAACUCCAACGCCAUCACUUACUAGCGCUAGAUCACCGGAACCUGCUGCCUUUUUAUCAUCUGAACCUACUACUACCACUUCACAUGAGCCCACUACCCUUUCAUUAACUGUACCAGCCGUCACUUCGCCAAUUGAAUCUACUUCGACUUCACCACAUGAAUCCACUACUACUUCAUCAUCUAAACCUUUUACCACUCCAUCAACCAAAAUUACUACAGAUCCAUCAUCAGAAACACCUACUACAGUACCAUUUUCUAACCCUACUAUUACUACAUUUACAUCAACACAACCAAGCACUUCGUCAACGGACACUACGAAAACAGAAACCUCUCCUACAACAUUCACUACAGCAGCGACUAACAAACCAACCGCCCAACCAACAACCACAACAGCAACUAACAAACCAACCACCCAUCCAACAACCACAACAGCAACUAACACACCAACCACCCAACCAACAACCACAUCAGCAACUAACAAACCAACCACCCAACCAACAACCACAACAGCAACUAACAAACCAACCACCCAACCAACAACAACAGCAGUAACUAACAAACCAACCACCCAUCCAACAACCACAGCAGCAACUAACAAACCAAUUACCCAUCCAACAACCAUAGCAAACAAACCAACCACUCAACCAACAACCACCACAGCAGUAACUAACAAACCAACCACACAACCAACAACCACAUCAGCAACUAACAAACCAACCACCCAACCAACAACCACAGCAUCAACUAACAAACCAACCACCCAUCCAACAACCACAACAGCAUCUAACAAACCAACCACCCAACCAACAACAACAUCACUAACUAAUAACCCCACCGAUGAUUCCUCAACACAAGAAAUCGAAUCCCUACCCAUCAUCCAAACAACCCCUGACAACAUUCACCCACCAAACGCAGCGACACCUACACCGCCCCCAACAGAAAACCCCCCACCUCUAAACAGCGGCAACUUACGUGGCCAGUUCCAGAAUGACCAGGUCCCUCUUAUCCUCAGUCUAUUUAUAGCAGGUCUGGUCGUUCUUCUCGUGCCUAUUCUAGCAUUUACCUUCUGGAGAAUCAGGCUCAGGAUAAGACGCAACACGUCAAGUGAAACAGAUUCGCUGACCAGGUCUAAUGUUUCCAGUUACUACGACCACUUUUCUGGCACCCCUCACACAACUACAUUUAAUCCCUUGCAUUUUCUAGAUAAUUCUACGAGGGGACUCUAUCCACCGGCAGAUUAUUUAUAGCCAUAGGUCUAGUACAGUUAGUAAUCGUCGAGC